AUGACAACACCUAUUAAUCAACAAGAUCUUGAAGAAGAACUUCGAGGAACAUUUAAUGUUUUUGAUAAAGAUAAAAAUGGAACAAUUAAUGCAAAUGAAUUGAAAAAAUUCGUUCGAUUUUGGGAUUGUGAAUUAACUGAAGACGAAGCUGAUGAUAUGAUUAAUCAAGCCGAUCCGAACAAAACUGGCUCAAUUAAUUAUCACGAUUUUAUUGAAUUUCUUUUACAUACAUAA